AUGGCGAUGCAAGCUGAUUCUCGUGAUACCCCUCCAGAGGAAGUGUUAGAACUUCUCUCCUUUUUCGUUAAGCAUUACUACCAGAGUCUGCACGCGACACCAGACCAGGCGUACAAAUUUUAUAAAGACAGCAGCACCAUUGGCCGGGCAGGUUCGGAUGGAGUCGUGGAAUAUGUGACAACACUGCCCGAGAUCAAGAAAAACUUAAUGUCUAUGGACUUCAGCAAAUACUUGAAGAUUCUGAUACAUACUGUAGAUGGAGUGCCAUCUCUCAAUGGUGGUGUGCGCAUUGUUGUCACUGGAUCGUUAACCAUGUCUGAUGGUGCUUGCCAGAAAUUUAACCAGUCGUUCUUCCUUGCACCAAUAGAAGGUGGCUAUUUUGUCCAAAGUGAUAUAUUAAGAAUUAUGCCUGAGACGUCGCCACCUGUGGUGAGUCAAGCCGACAAUCAUCAAAAUGAGAUCAAGCAGGAUGUCGGAUCUAUUGCUGAACCAAGAGAGGUGGAGCGGGUGAGUACUGACCAUGUGUCGGCGUAG